UAGUAAAAUAAGCAAAAGAAGAGCAGGUACUUACAGUAACACAUGUCAUCCUCUUGCAUAAAGAAAGAGCCAAGUGUACCUGUACCGGCAGCUUCAUCUUCCAUAUAAUUCUGCGGAAGAACGAGGCCAAUUUACCAUCCAACAAACCUAAAGAGUUUACACAGAGAGAAUCAAUGGCGAAGAGCAAAGACGAUAUAAAGUAUGGAACCGCACAGGCAAAGCUAUCUUAAGACGAAACUCUGCGGGUCAGGUACAAGCACGGCACGCCACUUGAAGGAGGAAAGAUUGCUGAUUCUGAACCAGUCGAUCUCUUCUCCAGCGCCCGCAACAUUAAUGAUUCAUCUCAUGAUCAACAUCAUCGUUCUUCUGAAACUUAUCAAUCUCAGUCGCAUCCUCGACCUGACAGUAAAGAAGCUGAAGGUGGAGGAAAGUUUCAAAGCUCUAACACCAAAAACUCUGGUUGAAGAUUAUGUAAAGAUCAGAGAUGAACGAGAGAUUUAGCUGUUUUUUUUCCCUGCUGUUACUUGCUUUCGUUUCCA